UAUUUUUGUCAGUAUAGAUUCGAACGUUAUAGAUUAAAGUCACCGUAUAUUUCCAAGCUCCCAAUUAAUUAUUAUCGCAUAGGAAAAUUUAAAAUGAAUUUAUCGUUUGCGGGUUGCGGUUUUUUGGGCAUUUAUCACGUAGGGGUUGCCUGUUGUUUUCGUAAAUAUGCCCCUCACAUGUUGCUAAAUAAAAUAUCGGGAGCUUCCGCGGGUGCUAUAGCUGCUUGUUGUUUGUUGUUGGAUUUGCCAUUAGGUGAAACCACAAGCGACAUCCUCCGAGUAGCCAUAGAAGCGCGGAAGAGAUCCUUAGGCCCAUUUAACCCAUCAUUCAACAUCCACCAACUGCUCCUUGAGGGUUUAGAGAAAUUUCUACCGGACGAUGCUCACAUAAGAGUCAGCGGGAAAUUACAUAUAUCCUUAACAAGAGUGUGCGAUGGCAGAAAUGUCAUAGUUUCCCAGUUCGAUAGCCGAGAAGAACUAAUCCAAGCUCUACUAGCUUCAGCGUUUAUACCAAUUUUCUCAGGAUUAUUUCCGCCCAAAUUCAAAGGCACAAGGUACAUGGAUGGAGGGUAUAGCGACAAUUUGCCGACUUUAGACGAAAACACCAUUACAGUUAGUCCGUUUUGUGGGGAAAGUGAUAUUUGUCCCAGAGACGAUAGCUCACAACUAUUCCAUAUCAACAUAGCCAAUACGAGUAUCGAACUAUCCAAACACAACAUUUACAGGAUGGUCAGAAUCCUGUUUCCACCCCAGCCAGAGACGUUGGCCAAUAUGUGCAAACAAGGCUUCGAUGAUGCCUUGAGGUUCUUGCACCGGAACAACCUGAUAAAUUGCACCAAAUGUCUUGCGGUUCAAUCUACUUUUGUAGUUUCGGAUACUCUGGACGAACAUUUAGUGUACGAUCCUCAGUGCAAAGAUUGUAAAAUGCACAGACAGGAAGCUUUAGUGUCAAAUGUACCUGACACCGUUCUCAACGUCUUCCAAGAAGUCAUAGAAUCAGCCAACAAAGGUGUUUUAAAUUGGAUUUUCAAACAUAGAGGCAUGAAACUUUUGUCCGUAUUGAGUUUACCCUAUACACUUCCAGCCGACAUCAUGUAUGCAACAUUUACAAAGUUGUGCUUAUUGACCCCAGUAGUACCACAAGCUACUCGUAGAUUAGUUUUUCGUAAAGUUACGAAUUUUGAGUUGAUGAACUUUGUCGGAAACCAGUUUGAGGUUCACUUGUACCAACACAAACCGUGUCGGGCGCUCGCUUUAUCACACAAUGUCACUGAUGACGACGACGAGGCUGACGGUAGGGUGCGUGAAAGGGAAAGGGUGAUGGCGUCAGCUCCACACGUCAGCAACACACUGUGGGACAUAAGCAAAGUUAUGUUGGACCAAGUCUCUAAUGUGCUGAACAGGGUUAACAGGAAAAGUCAACAAGUUAGCGCAAAAAUCACUUGUCAGUUGGCCAUCACGGAAUAUGGAGGAAAUAGUACAGAAUUAGAUCACGAUUUAGUCGAAAACAAAAUGAACUUGAACUUCACCCUGAACUUAGACAACAGCGAUUUACCACUUGAACAAAGUCCGGAACGUAAAUUCAAAACGCGCCAAAUUCUGCAACGUAAACCCAGCUUUACGGUCAACAAGACAGAUACAAUGGACGAUGACACCUUCGACCACAUCCUCCAAGUAACGUCGCAUCACGACGCUAUCAUGGCUUACUAUUAUUUAGAUGAAAAUAAUAAGGUUAAAGUCACAGAAAUUUUCGACGUCACUGAUAGUGAAUCGCCUAUGUUACAAACUCCUCAUGAGAAACAUGUAAAUACAAAUUUGGAAUUUGACGAUAGUUGGAACAAUUAUGGGGAACUUGGGCAACCUUAUCAGUUAGACGACCAAACAUCGGAGUAUUCUUUUGAAGAUGUAAUAGAGAGUGACAAAAAUAUAUUUUCGGAUCCGGAAAGCGAAUGGAUUGGUUCCUGCAAAAUUGAAGAACCAGAAGAUGAACUUACCUACUUUUCUGAUUCAAAUAACGACACUCGACCAGAAUCAGACAGAAGUGGGCUGAGUUCUGGCGCCACUAACGCUUUAAAAAGGAAAUGCACAAUUCCGUCUUUUUCCUACGAAGAAAUCGACUUUUGAAAGGCAUUUUAGUAAAUUUAUUUAGCCAAAAAGUUAUUUAUACAACAAUUCGCGUUUUGAUUGUUGGUCCUUAACAGGUAUGUUUUUGCACUGCUAAUAGGAAUCUGAAGGAUGCGAACACAAUGUAAACUAAAGUAAAAAUGUUCAUGAUAUACAUCUAGCAAAAAUAUAUCUGAGCAAUAUUUUCACUAACGUACCUACAAUAUCAGACCAUCAUUAACGUGAGGUUAACUGCCAACAAGUUUGGGUUAGUUUAAAUUCUUUAUUAGGAUUCUUUUUUGGUGAGGUGUAGCUACGAUCAGCGAGCCUCCUUGAAAAAGAAAAGGUUAAAAACCCAUCCCUUACCAAUACCAUGUUUGUACAACUGUGAUUACCAGUGAAUAAACAGCCCUUGCGAUGUCAUAAAUUCAGUUCGGAUACUUGAAGUAUAAAUAAAUAUUUUGACUGUUACCCAUUCCAUUAUUUGUCUUAAGAAACAAACUAAGUUAUCAUAAAUAUUAUUGUUAUUUGAGAUUAUAAGUAAAACCUAUGUGAUACAAGUAUUUUAAUAAUUAAAAAUAGGAAAAAAUUACCACUUUUAAUUGUCCACAUUUUCUUGUCCUGCUCUCUUUUAGUAGGUAAAUUACCUUGGACCAGUUUUUCAUAUAUUGUGAUAGUUUUGAGCCAGAUCACAAAACAAAGGUGAAACUAUGUGGCUAUAUUGGUUUUCCCUAUUUUUUUUUUUUGAUAAUGUAACGAUAUUAAUAUAGUAUUUUUGUAAUAAUUUACUAGUAUUAGUUAUUGGUUAAGAGUUAAUUUAUAUAUUAGUUAUUACUUAUUAUUAAAAUUGUUUGAAAAACCUAUAA